AUGACUUGGCGGGUCAACAAUAAAACUUUUCAGAUCUUGGCGGCGGCCGAGAAGGGUCGAUAUGGGGUAUUGGCGGCGAUCGUCUACAACGUUGAGCACAUUACGGCUUUUGUUCAGGCGGCCGAAAAUCGCAGAUCCCCGUUGAUUCUCCAGUUAUUUCCCUCGUCGCUGGAGCAAACCCCGUCGCUGAUCUACGCCGCCGCCGCCGCAGCGACGAACGCGUCAGUGCCAGUCUCGGUGCAUCUCGACCAUGCGCAGGACUUUGACCAGAUUCGACAUGUCGCCGAUAGCCUUCCAUUCGAUUCCAUCAUGGUGGACAUGAGCCACUAUGAAAAGGAAGAGAACCUCGCCAAGACGACCACCCUCCGCGAAUAUUGUCAUGCACGGGGCAUCGUAGUUGAAGCCGAGACCGGGCGCAUUGAAGGAGGAGAGGAUGGGAUCAUGGGCACCGGCGAUCUUGAAGGGAUUCUCACCAACGCCGAAGAUGUGGAACAGUUUCUCAACGCGGGCGUUGAUUUUCUGGCGCCCAGCGUGAGGAACCUGCAUGGAGACUAUGGACCGAGAGGGCCGCGGUUAGACAUGGAUAGACUCCGGCAGGUUCACCAAGCACUGGAUGGACGCGCGCGUCUCGUCCUCCACGGCACGAACGAUUUCCCACCAGAGCUGUGCCGGGCCUGCGUCGAGGUCGGGGUGACCAAAUUCAACGUGAACAAGCUGGUCCUGGACCCUUGGCAUCAGCGUCUUCGUGAGAACGUAGAUAAGCCCCUGACGCGGCUGAUUGGGGAGGGGAUUGAGUUGCUUACGAGAGAGAUGGAGAAGUGGAUGGAUGUGUUGGGAAGCAGCGGUAAGGCGUAAGGAUGGAAGGUGCGCACCCGCCUCAGGCAG